AUGGUUCUAUGUGUGGAUGAGUUUCAGGAUAAAGCCAACCUUUUUCACAAUGAUGACUAUAUGCAUCCAGCACAGAGGAGUCAGCCAGUCAUAGUAUUUGGCAGGAUGUGGCAUGUUUUUGGGCUUCUGUUUCCAACCUUGAGCUCAGCAAUGUCUCCUUUGAUCUUCUUCAAGGAUGGAUCAACUGAGUCCUCAAGUUCUACAUCAACAAUCUACACUUAUUUAGGCUAUGGACCAAUUACUGGCGAAGAAUCUGCCCCAAAACGAUGGUUAAGAAAUUUGGGUAUUGGGUUUUGCACCCAAAGGCACGCUACAUGGUUAUUUAUUUAUGACCCACUGCUGUGUGAGCCCAGUCAAAACAUUGCUGUGAAAAAUCCCCAUCACAAUUGGGGUAUUAGAACACAAAAUUUCAGGCAAUGUUCUGGCUCAAAAAAAGGGUCAAAAAGGCAAAAAACCGGACCUGUGAACACUAGACAAAUUGAGGUGACUCAGGUUGAUGUUGCCUUGACGUUUUGGUCAAACGUUGGGGACAGCUGGGGCGCGAAGGCCACUGAUGGAAAUCCAGUGGCCUUCAACCUAGCUGAGGGUCAACAUGUGAAAGCUGGAGCCUUGAGAAGGUUUUUAUUCUGGAGGCCAAAAAUGACCAAAAUAGCACAAAAAGACCAUUUUCUGGAGGCUCUACAAACUGGAGUGGUGUUAACAGAAAAAUAUAAGUGUCCUAUUGGUCUCAUCUAUUACCCUCCUUUUUCAAUAUCUACUCCUGAAAAUACCCAGCAACAAGCCUACAUCAACAAGAAUGGAAACCAGUAUCCUCACUUUGGUGGAAAUGCACAAUGGGGCCCCCAUCAAGUUCAGCCACAGCUACCAAGUUUUCACAAUGGAUUCAUCAGUAGUGGUCUCAAUGGUAUGCAACAGUGCCCUGUGCCGAGUUUGGGUUACACUCAGGACAUUCAAUAUGGCUUUCCUGCCCAUUCUAUGGAUAUCCAGUCUUUCUUGAUGGUGAUCUCAUUUGGAGUCAGAUAUACAACAAGAGUCCAUGAUGUAGAUAAAAACACACAAAUUAAUCUCAAGCACACUCUCAACAUGUGA